UCAAAGAAUUGUUGCAAAGACCGGCGGAAAGAAAUGGCGGAAGCAGUGAUCCCAGUGGACCGGCUGCCCAUCCGGUGCCCUGUGUGUCUGGAUACGCUCUCAAAACCGCGCACACUCCCCUGUCUCCACACAUUCUGUACCGAAUGUCUGCGUGCGCACAUUGCUAACGUCACCAUGGCAACGAGCUUCUCGGCGUUCCAGUGCCCCGUAUGCCGCACGAGCACUCGACCAAGCCAUCCGUACAACUCUCGUACCACUUGGGCGGACCAGUUUCCGGUAAACCAUCUCAUUUUGUCUUUGAUGGAUGAUACCGUCAUAAAAGAAGCCCAGGAGGACCUUUCCUGUGACAUGCACCCGAGAUGUAAGAUAAACCUGAUAUGUCAUGAUCAUGAUACGUUAUGCUGCCACAUGUGUGUGUCCCUUGAGCACAGGAAAUGUGACAAAGUUGUUGAAAUAAGUGAAGCAAUAAAGGGCACUGACCUUGCAAGCGAAAGGGCUGCGCUUCUGAAAUACGUUGAAUAUAACGAGCAUUUCGUUACUGACCAUGAAGCAAAGUGUGUUCUGGCGGAAAGCAAAUUAAACAUUGAAUAUGAUAAGGUAAAGAGUGCAAUACAAUAUUCAAAGAAAGGAUUGAUAGAACACAUUGAGAAACUGGAACAACAGGCCCUUGAUGCUGCCGAUACAUUGCGCAGUGUGCAAAAGAAGAAAAUAGACGAAGAAAAGACAUUUGCAACUGAAGGGAGACAACUUUGUUCAAACUUGUUAACGAAUUUGAAGUCAAAAGACAGUUCGACAAUUACACAGUUCAUUGCUUGUCAUAAAUCAAAACAAAGACUUAAUAAACAUUUUGGUACACUUUCAAGAGAGGAGGUAACGGACGAAUUUGCAUUUGCAUUUAAUGCGUGUAAGAGUGUUGAAGCAAUUAAAACAGUUCAAAGUCUUGGCAAUGUUGAAAUGGCAUCUACCAAACAAAAGGAAACAUUGACUAAACCAUUGGACACUGAACACUGCGCGGAUGUGCCUCCAAUAUCUUUUUCAAGGAACUCAACCGAAUUAAGUUACGUUGUAUACCGUAAAAAUCACGGAAUAACACUGCCAAAAGUAAAGAAGUCCUCUACACAUCUGGCGUUCGUGUGCGACAUAGACACCUCCGACAACUGCCGUCAGUGGGUGUCCGGGGUCGCCUUUAUUGACCAUCACUUAAGCGUGUUAUGCAGCCAGACCAGGACCGCUCUCUGUCUUGUUCGAGACACCAAACAAGUGUAUGAAGAAAAGCGUCCAACUCCACCCUGGGACAUCGCAAGGGAAUCCGAUACUAGACUGGUUGUGACGUAUCCGCAAGAACGACUAGUACGGAUAUUCGAAGUCCACGGCCACGCUCCCGUGUUGAAGCUUUUCCGUAAACCUUCCUUGGUUCUCCUUCAGACUAUAUUCACGGAGGAAUCGUGUUACGGUGUGGCGGUGUUACGUGGCAGCUACAUUGUGGCAUGUGAAGACCGUGUCCGGGUUUUCAAUCACGCGGGUCUCUGCGUCCAGAUCUUUCAGCAGGCGGCACGGCAAGAAGAGCCUUAUUUUCGGCGCGCAUUUGGUGUGGCCAUAGACGUGUUUAGACAGUCUGUGUAUAUAACUGAUGAAGCAAAUCAUACUGUGGUAGCACUGAAAUUGGAAGAGGACAGGCUAAAUACAGAUCCGCGGUUUGUGUACAGCGAUGCGAAUCUCAGAUGCCCACAGGGAAUAGCUGUAAGUGCCUGUGGGGAAGUCUUAGUUUGCGGCUUUGUAUCAAAGAACAUUCACAUCAUUUCCCCCUCUGGCGAGACGUUGAAAACCAUCCCUACCAAGCAGCGGCCGUAUGGAAUAGGGAUUGAGUCCAAACACUCCUUCGUCAUCUUAACUUUUUACCCGGAAUCUGACUUGGACAAUGAAGUGUCGGUCCACCUUUACAAGUUACAACAUUAG